CGCAGGCGUAGAUUGACAUUUGAUUGUGAUGAUUCAAAAAUAGGUUACUUCUUUGAGGUGGGGUUUGUUGUGGUGAUAAAUUUUAAAGUUUUUUUCUCAAAAGAAAAUCAGUUUUCCUACAAUAAUUUUCAGUGAAAGUUGCAAUAAAAUGGACGGGAAACUUCCAGCGUGCGUUAUAGACGUAGGAACAGGCUACACAAAACUGGGUUUUGCUGCUAACAAGGAGCCCCAAUUUAUAAUACCUUCGGCAAUUGCCAUCAAAGAAACUGCAAAAGUAGGAGAACAAAGCAGUAGGAGGCUGGUUAAAGGGGUCGAAGAUCUAGAUUUCUUUAUCGGUGAUGAAGCUUUCAAUGCUACAGGAUAUGCAGUUAAAUAUCCAGUCCGUCAUGGUUUGGUCGAAGACUGGGAUCUGAUGGAACGUUUUCUAGAACAAUGCAUUUUCAAAUAUCUACGUGCUGAGCCCGAAGAUCAUUACUUUCUAUUAACUGAGCCUCCGUUAAAUACCCCAGAAAAUCGAGAAUACACUGCGGAAAUUAUGUUUGAAAGCUUCAAUGUUCCUGGAUUGUAUAUUGCUGUGCAAGCUGUUCUUGCAUUAGCUGCCAGUUGGGCAAGCAGAAGUGUCGCAGAACGAACUUUAACCGGUAUUGUGAUAGAUAGUGGAGAUGGCGUAACUCACGUAAUUCCUGUGGCUGAAGGUUACGUCAUUGGAAGCUGUAUUAAGCACAUUCCAAUAGCGGGACGUAAUAUAACGUAUUUUAUUCAAUCUCUUCUAAGAGAAAGAGAAAUAGGGAUUCCUCCUGAACAGUCUCUAGAAACUGCCAAAGCCAUUAAGGAAAAAUACUGUUACAUUUGUCCGGACAUUGCGAAAGAAUUCGCCAAAUACGAUUCCGAUCCGGGCAAAUGGAUGAAACGAUACGAAGGAAUGAACGCGAUCACCAAACAAUUGUUUUCCGUUGAUGUUGGCUACGAAAGAUUUUUGGGACCUGAAAUUUUUUUCCACCCAGAGUUUUCUAAUCCUGAUUUUAACAUUCCACUGUCACAAAUUGUGGACGAUGUAAUUCAAAAUUGUCCUAUAGACGUUCGUAGGCCUUUGUAUAACAAUAUCGUAUUAUCUGGAGGGUCUACAAUGUUUAAAGAUUUUGGUAGGAGGCUGCAAAGGGACAUCAAAAAGACUGUCGAUGCUCGUUUGAAAUUGAGUGAAACUUUAGGAGGAGGAAGAUUAAUUCCUAAACCUAUUGAUGUGCAAGUGGUAUCGCAUCACAUGCAAAGGUAUGCUGUUUGGUUUGGGGGUAGCAUGUUGGCAUCAACGCCUGAAUUUUACACUGUGUGCCAUACCAAGGAGCAAUAUGAAGAGUAUGGACCCAGUAUUUGCAGGCACAAUCCAGUAUUCGGUACAAUGACCUAAUUAAUUGUUUUCAAAUUUUGUAUUAAUAAACUUUUAUGUAUUCAAAACUUUAUUUACAUAAAUAUACACAAUAAUUAUAAU